UUCAGGCUUCAAUCUCAGUCAGAUGGGUUACGGGUUUAUCCCGUAAUAGUCAGAAACAGGGUUUAUUUGACCCUGGUCUGACACCAGGUACAGAGGCCGGUAACUCACUGAGGAGCCCUAAACUGGGUGGUAGGAAGCACAAUGAGUGGGAAGAACCUGCUUCUGAAAGUGAUCCUGCUAGGAGAUGGUGGUGUGGGCAAGUCCUCCUUGAUGAAUCGCUAUGUUACUGACCGUUUUGACUCCCAGUCAUUUCACACUAUCGGCGUGGAGUUCCUUAACCGGGACUUGGAGGUGGAUGGACGCCUGGUCACUCUUCAGAUCUGGGACACAGCAGGUCAGGAGCGCUUCAAAUCGCUGCGCACACCCUUCUACCGAGGUGCAGACUGCUGCCUGCUCACAUUUGCAGUGAACGACCUGCAGAGCUUCCAAAACCUCGACAGCUGGAAGAAGGAGUUCAUGUACUACUCUGAUGUCAAAAACCCUGAGCGGUUCCCUUUUGUCGUCCUGGGCAACAAGGUAGAUGUAGAGCAGAGAGAGGUUGGGGAGAAUGAAGCACGGGCAUGGUGUGAGGAGAAUGACUGCUGUCCUUAUUUUGAGACCAGUGCUAAAGAUGACACCAAUGUCACAGCUGCAUUUGAGGCAGCUGUCAGGGAGGUUCUGGCUGCCGAAGACCAGAUUGAUCAUGCACUAUUGGGCAGUACCAUUGAUCUUCAUGGCAACCGUAAAACAUCUCGUGGAUCUUGCUGCUGAGAGUACUGGUGUGAAUCCUUUUUGUUGUACUCUCCUUGGCUGAAACUUGCCUGUGGUACUUAUGAAGAACAGUGAGGAGAUUGUUGGUGGAAUUAUAGGUACGAUAUACUGAGUACAGUAUCCCCGGAAGGUAGUAUGGAUGAGAUGCACCUUCUUGGCUGAGGAUGGUGUCAGGAUUUCAGCUCUUAUGUUGAUUGUGGAGUUGGUUUUUACGAAGGAACAGGCAUUCUGUAACAAGCAAAUGCAUCUUUUUGCUCUUUCUGCUGUCAGCUGUGUUUCACAUGUUUUUUUUUUGCCCAUUCAGAGGUUACAGUAUAUCAAAUAAUGCAAUGACACUUUUACUUCAAAAUGAAUUAACAGUGCCAGUGCAGCAUUACCAGUCCUCUCUUGCAGAGCACAAGUUAGCCCCACACAGUAUGUAUAGUUGGUCCUUCAACUGCUUGACCAUCUGUCUCCGUGCUGCUUUUUAGGGGUUUAAUAAUUAUCUACAGCAUUCUAAUUGUACCAGUUGUUGGUGAGCUAUUGUAUUUUCUUUGCUUGUAAAUGACAGUGUUAUAGUACAGUACAUUUGAGCUCAUGAUCUCCCAGUAUAAGUGAAGUAAUGAAAUCUGAGGUACGAAUAAUUCAAAUAACUACACCAAAAAAGGAUUACCUUUUUUAUUUUUUUUGUCUGUAGGAAGGGAAUGCUGAGCUUUAAUUUUGCAACUGUGAAAGCAACUAUUGGGUACGAGCUGAUGUGACACUCGUAUUCAUUUGUUUAUUUUGCCACUGCUCUACAUUGUUGCUGGAUAUGUCAGGGAACCAGCCAUUAUCACCUUCAUUUAUUGUAAUUUAUGUUCAUGAGAUUGUUUACCAGGCCAGGUAAAGAGGUUUUUAUUAUUGCUCUUUUUAAAGUUCCUAGUGGUACGGCCUUUGAUUGGCUAAUAAAGUGUUGUUUUCACUGUGAAGCACAUUCCCAUCACUCAAAGUGCUUUUUUUUUGAUCAGGGACAUAUUUAAGUCUUUCAUCCCUGAUGGGUACUGGAGCUUCUAAGACUAAAUGGCAUCUUUGUGAGUCUGUGUCUGCCAUGCUGAUUGCGUAGUCAGCCUUAACAUUCCAGUCUUUUAGCUUUGCCUUGCCUUAGGGUCUCCUGUGCAUUACUGAUAAAUGGCAGACACCUUGGGGUGUCGCCGUGGUCAUUAUAGGUCUCAGUUGAGAGUGAAACAGCUUGAGCACAGUUAUUACUUCCAGUAUGUGGAUUAUUCAUCAUCUCCCUUCCCCAUUUAUACAGUAUUUAAUGAAAAAUCCAGUGUAUUCCAAUAAUUUCAUAAUUUUAACUGUUUUUUUUUUAGCUGGACAGUACUUUUAUGUCAUUAUGUUUGUAUCCCUGUUUACAGUUUUCAUGCCACAGGUACAUCUCACUGUCUCACUUUAGAUGCUUUGGUGUUACGGUUUGCCAGAGGGUAUGUAAUUUAUUUUAAUAGUUAUAGAUGAUGUUAUUGUUGACACCAACCCUCUCAAACUGAGUCUGAUUUCACUAGUGUCAUUUUGAUUUGAUUUGAAUAGUAUUUUCUAUUACACCUUCAAGAAGGUAUGUCACACAAGAUGAAAUAUUAUGAAUGCAAGUUACUACUCUUUUUAUGGCCCAUUUUGUUAUCAUACUUCUGUUACAUUUGAUCCUGUUCAUCAACCUAAGAUUACACCAUUUGCCUUCUGAGUCAAAUUUCUUUCUGUGUACCUUCAAAAAAAUAAUCAAGAUUGCAAGAGCUUCACUGUGAAAGUGAACCAGUCAGGUACUGUUAUCACAUACUGUAGGCCUACAAUACCUAGUUUAUUUAUACAAUUUCAGUUUCAAGUUUUUUAAUGCAUCCACAAGUACUAGUUCUCAUAUCCUUUGAGAUUUGUUACUGUGAACCCAGUAGGGCAUUUUCAGAAAAUCAGGCUUGUAGCCUGGAUUUACUCAAAGCAAACACGAGGGCUGUUAGUUUUAAUCAAUGUUUUUGAUUUAACAGGAUAUUAUUCCUCCUUGCAUUACUGUCCCGGGUUUUGUCCGGUUUUGAUAAUGUAGCCUACCACAUUGUUUACCUGAAUCUCGACUUACCCGAAUCCUUUACCUAUAAGCUGGUAGCAUAAUUUUCAGUGUAUUGCCACUAAUGUCAAUAUUUAGUUUUUUUUGUCAAUUUCUGCAAUAUUUAAGAAUGUACAUUUAUUUCUGCAAGCUGCCCAUAUUAAGCAUUAAUUUUAUAAUGAUGUAAAAAAUGACAGUGAACAUCUGUUCUACUCUGUGCUCAACCAUUGAGUGUAAUCUGAGUUUUGUGUGAGUUAGACUUUUCAUCUUGAUUAGAUGCUGGUCUAAUGGACAACUUCCUUUACUCCUUUUUGCACUACAGAGGAAAAGACUGCAAGGAAUCAUUUCCUGUGCUUGGCUUAAAAUAAAAUGUGCAUCGUACCAAAUGCGGAUGCCAUCUUGCCUGUUUCUGUGUUGAUACUUUAUAAAUAAUUCAGAUGUGUUUCUUUGAAGUUGGAAAACAAAAGGUCUUUAAAAAGGCUUUAC